GCCGAGAGGAGAAUUUCUGAAUAACAAUGAAUGGAGACGAACAAAAAGAGGUGGAAAUUAAGGGUGUUCGUCCACGUAUUUCCUUAUCUCGAUUUUUUAGUCAAAACUCUAGAAACAAAAUGGACCGGAAACAUCAGCAGCAGAGAAAAGCAACGCCAAGACUUGAUCGAACAAUUGCAAAAAAAUAUACUACUAAUGAUGACGACGACGAGGAUUCUUCUUCCUUACCGGAAGAAGAAGAUUAUUAUUCUAUUCUAAAAAUUUACUCACGUGAUGUUCUUCCAAGUUAUUAUGCAGAUCCUACUAGUUUUAGAAUCGGAGGUAGUGAUGGUGGUGAAAUUGAUAGGAUUUGUUCAAGUUUAGGGCUUUCUUAUCUUGAGGAUUUUGCAAUUUCUCCUAGCGAUUGGAAGGAGAGUGAAGUAGUAGGUGAUGGAGGAAGCGGAGGUGGAAUUAAGGGUGUUCAGCGACCUCUUCUCGAUCCUCCGCCAUCGGUGUCCCUUCCUGUUCUUGAUAAUUCAGGAUCAACUUGGUCGUGGACGGAAGGCACUUUUCUAGGAACCGGUCCUUACGGAACAGUGUAUGAGAAUCGAGAAAGUGAAAAGAAGAAAGGACUACAAGAAUCGUCAAUGUAUGAUGUUUCCAAUGAUGCCGAUCGAGCGAAGUGGUUGGCGAGGGACCUGGAAUGUUCAAUUGAUGAUGGGAAGAUGUUGAGUGUCAACAAAGAAAAUUACUUCUCAGACUUCAUGAGUUAGGCAAUCCUGAAAAAAAAAAUCUCUAUACUUAUGUGGAUCCAUUUUCAAGUGGUUCCAAGACGCAUGAGAGUUAUUCAUCAUCUUGCGAGGAUGUUGGUCGUAGUGGAUGAAUGAGUCAUGGACCUAUUUAAGUAUCUUUGGCUUUUAUUAUGUAAAACUUUGUUUUAGCGUUGUGGUUAUAUAUUUGGACACAUUUAUUUUGUAUUAAGUUAUGGAUAUUAGUUUAGCUUGAAUGAAAUUAA